UAUUAUUCAAGUCCCAGGGGGAUUUCUACAUUUCAUUACAUAUACAUAUUUCAGGACUUAAACUUUAUGUUCGUGAUGGAAGGGGACUAAGAUUUAUUUGUUUCAUUGUGUGGAGUUGUUUGUUACAAACUUAGCUUUGUCCAGCUUCUGGAGGAAAGAUACAGAGUUGGGGGGAAUCAGGAGGAGUUAGGAUGAUGAAUGAUUUAGCAGAGUUGAUGCCCAAGAAGAGAACAGAAAGAUCAUUUGAAGGUCCGGUUGCCAGAUAAAGUAGGAGCUUCUUUGAACCCCUUAUUUCGCAAUCUGUUGUUCUCUUUUCAGUUUCAUCCAGUCUAUCCCAAAUGACUGACCCUCCUAAACUAUUAGUUAUGAUGACUGUACACUGCAGUGGAUUCUUGGAAAGGUUUUCUUAUGAGGAUCUGAACCUGAUAACCAUGAUACCAAGAUCAUUUCUAAAGACCCUUCAACUUUAUGAUUAUCUCUGCUCAGACUCUAACUUGGUAGAUAAAUCUUUGGAUCUCAUUUUUGCCUUGGGUAGUUUCUUUGUUGACACAAAUUAUAUAGGACUUCUCAGAGCCCAGGUUACCAGAAGAAGGGAAUCAAAUGAAAACUUGUUUAUUAGCAAUUGCAUCGUGUACAAAAGGGCUUUCUGCAUACUUCCAUGAGGUAAACAUUGUAGUUAUCAUUCCCAUUUUAUAGAUGAGGAAAUUGAGGCUUAGAAAGCCUUGCCUGACUUGCCCCCUAGGAAGUGUUAGAGCCAAGAUUUGAACUCAGACCUCUUAUUUCCUUUUUCAAUGCUCCUUCAAAUCUCCAUAGUUUACAUCAACUUGCUUGGCUAUACUCAUCAUACUAGUGACCAGCAAAUAGUAGGAAUUCUAUUUCCUAUUAGUUUUCCAGCUUGAAUCUUUUCUUCUGUUUAUCUGACAUUGUCUUCUUCUUCUCCUGGCCUGGUGUCCUGAUAUAGAUGAAAUAAUCCAGCCACUAGGCUGGAUUUCUUGUUCUGAACAGGGACAAUAAAGACGCUGUUUGAUGGAGAGAGGGAGGGGAGUAGGAAUUUAAGAAUCCUUCUAAAGGACUUCUGAAACAGCUCCUUCUAAAAACUUGCGCAUAGGCUCUAUACACGUCAUAGCAAUAGUAGAUUGUGUUUAUUAUUUUUUACAUUGUGAUCUCUCAUGUUUUCAAAGUAUUCUAAUGUUGAAGGGGGAAUAGGUAUGGAACUUGGAUUAUGAGGAUGGCUCUGUAGCACUAAUACCAAGUAUUUUUGCCACAACAUCCCUGAAAGGUAGAUAGUGCAAGCAUUACCGUGCCUAUUUAACAAAGGAAGAAACUGAGGUCUAGAGAGGUGAAAUGAAGCACCCAAGGUUACAUGGAUAGUAAGUAAUGAGUCAGAGCCAAAACUCAAACCUAAGUCUUUUGAUUCUGAGUUUAGUUUUCUUCCUAUUGUGCUAUUGCCAUCUGUUUCCUGACUGCCAGUGAGGUUCUCCAUCUAAUCAUAGAUUCACAAGCCAGAAGAUGAUAGAGAUACUAGUCCAAACUCUUUCUACAGAGUAAAGAAAUGAGGCCCAGAGAAAUUACCUCUCAACAAGGUCACUCAGAGAAGAGCCUAUAUUUGAAUCCUAUAAUUUGCAUUUUAACUCCAACACUACCAUUCCACCAAGAGGUGACAGGCCAGCAAUCAUACUAUCUCUAGAUUGGAGUUCUUAACAUGGUAUCUGGGAACUUGUUUUUCUUAAUAUUUUGAUAAUUCUACUUCAGUGUAACUGGUUUCCUUUGUAAUCCCUUGUCUUUUUAUUUUAUGCAUUUAAUAACAUUCUGAGAAAGGGUCCAUACAUUGCAAUAGAUUGCCAAAGGGGGAGCCAUUUCACAUAAAAGGUUAAGAACCUUUGCCUAGCCAGUUUGAACCCUACUAGGUGUUAAAUGGUAAAGUUAUAGACUAAGUUGAGUUUCUGGAAGGAUAACUUUUCUGGUCAGAGUUAGAAGGCUGAGUGUUUCACUUAGGAUAUAUAAAAAGAGUAAGCCUAGGUUAACACAAACCUUCCCAGCAGUCUCAAGUUUCUUUGGUCAAGCAUACUAACACACGUCAACUUCUAGAGUCCCACCAGAGAGACAUAAGAUUGAAAAAGAGAGUGAUUUUCUGUAAAAAUAAACGAAAUAACCAAUAGCAGCCUGUGCAGUGCACUUAUUUGGGGAUUCAACAGCUUGGGUUCAAAUCCUGGAUCUAUGAUUUAGUAGUUAUGUGACCACAGUUAAGUCACUUGGUGCCAAUGGACUUCCUUCUCUGUUAAGUGAAGGGUCAAACUAAAUUAUCUCUAUGGUUCUUUCCAGUUUGAAUAUUCUAUAAGAGGCUUUUAGAAAUCUUAUCUUAGGAUCCAGAGUCCACCCUUAAAUUGUUCCCUCUUCAUGCAGUGGAUAAAAUAGGGAUAGAGACUGUGAUUUCAUUGAUAUAGGGAUCUGCUUAAAAGAAAAACUCUACCAAGGCAAUUUAUAAUUUUGGAGAAUUACCUAAGUCACUAUGAGGUUAAGUGACCAGACUAGGAUCAUACAGUCAGGAUGUGUUGGAAGUGGUACUUGAACUCAGGUCUUCCUUUUCCUGAGACCAGCUCUCUAUACUUUACCCAAGACUGCCUCUCUAUGAAAGAGACUGCUUAUAAAUAGAAUUUUUUCCAGUGAAGUCUUUCAGGAAUAUUAGAUCUAGACCUUAGAUAUUAUCUUGUUCAACAAGGUCAUUUUUAUCACCUUCAAGGGAGGCUCUUUUCAGAAGUCGAGGCCCUGUUGCCUUUCCCCAUCCAGACACCCACUCGACCUUUGCCAUCAUAUCCUUGGCUUUAGGUUGUGUCAGUGGAACAGAAUGUAGCACUGGGUGCCAAAUGUCCUGUUGAGUCCUGCUCAGGGAAGCAAAAGAUGAUGACCUCCAAGGAGGAAAUGUAAAAGAACCAUCAGUUCCUGGGGCAGGAGCCUCCGCUGCUGUUUUGGAGCCAGCUGGAGCUGUUGAUUCCUGGGGUAUCCAGGCUGUUGAGGACUUUUCUUUCCUUCUGACCGUGUUUUUCCCCCUCUCCAACUCCCCUCCCUAUCCUUACGGUGAAGCAACCCCGGCCAUAUGGUAGGUAGCUUGGGAAGGGAGCUUGGGCUGUGUCUAGGGAGAGAGGCUUCCCUAAGGUUCGAGAGAGGGAGAGAGAGAGAGAGAGAGAUCACGCCCGACAGAUAUGGGAGUAGUCUCAGCAAACAAAAGGCUUAUGGAUUUCUUCUGGUCUCCUCAGAAAGAGGGAGGUGGAGAAACUCUACCCACCGUCCCGAGCAAGGAAACACAGGCAAGAGGGGCUUGAGGUAGAGGAAAUUUAGGGGGCCUGGGAUAGAAUCCAUUGCAAAGAGGUUAUCCCAAGGAAGGGCGUCUUCUCUUGCUGCUGCUGCUGCCGCUCCUGAUGCUGCUGCUACCACCAGCUAGCCAAGCGUGUCUCCGGCUGACUGCAAACUCCGCCUAACAACACUGCAUCCUCCUCCUCCUUCUUCCUCCUCCACUCAGCCCAGAGAUCAAAGCCACACAUGGACUAGACCAUCUGGGCUGCAGAGCCUCGCACCUGAAGGGACCACAUUUUGGAUCAGCCUGGCUAAUCUUACUGGGGUCUUCCUCUCCAACAAUUCCCGUGCAGACCUUACUUUUGAUUCCAUCCAGGGUGCAGCUGCCCUCCACACAAAUACAACUAAAAAGAAUAAGUCCUUCUCUCCAGUCCCUCCUUAGCAUACAUACAUUUUCCUUGGUGGGCUUUCCCCGAGGUUGUUGAGCCAAAUCAGUCCAGGCUCUCCUAUCACUCGAAAUUAAUUCGUUGGACUGCAGCACUAAGGCAGAGAAGUUGGGGACCUUAUUUCAUUUUCUCUCCCUUUUCGGGCAACGGAGCAAUGAAAUUUCCAAUCGAGACUCCAAGAAAACAGGUGAACUGGGAUCCUCAAGUGGCUGUUCCUGCAGCAGCACCAACAAGUCAGCCCAAGAGUGUCACUAACGGGCACUACCCAGCCCCACGCCUCUCAAUUUCCUCUCGAGCCACGGUGGUUGCCAGAAUGGAAAAUACCUCCCAGGGUUUACAGACCGUCAUGAAGUGUAAAACAGUUGUAGCCAUCUUUGUGGUCGUGGUGGUCUAUCUGGUCACAGGAGGUCUUGUCUUCCGGGCACUUGAACAGCCCUUUGAGAGCAGCCAGAAGAACACUAUUGCCUUGGAGAAGGCGGAGUUCCUUCAGGACCACAGGUGUGUGGGCCCACAGGAACUCGAUACACUGAUUCAGCAUGCGCUUGAUGCGGAUAAUGCUGGAGUCAGUCCAAUAGGAAAUUCUUCCAACAGCAGUAGUCACUGGGACCUUGGAAGUGCCUUUUUCUUUGCUGGGACAGUCAUCACGACCAUAGGAUAUGGAAAUAUUGCUCCAAGCACUGAAGGAGGCAAAAUCUUUUGUAUUUUGUAUGCCAUCUUUGGAAUUCCACUCUUUGGUUUCUUAUUGGCGGGAAUUGGAGAUCAGCUUGGAACUAUCUUUGGGAAAAGUAUUGCAAGAGUGGAGCGGGUCUUUCGGAAAAAGCAAGUGAGUCAGACGAAGAUCCGGGUGAUCUCAACCAUACUAUUCAUCUUGGCAGGCUGCAUUGUAUUUGUAACAAUUCCUGCGUUCAUUUUUAAGUACAUUGAGGGAUGGACAGCCUUAGAAUCCAUAUACUUUGUGGUUGUCACAUUGACCACUAUUGGCUUUGGUGAUUAUGUGGCAGGGGGAAAUAGAGGUAUCCAUUAUCGAGAGUGGUAUAAGCCCUUAGUGUGGUUUUGGAUCCUGGUGGGUCUCGCCUACUUUGCUGCUGUCCUCAGUAUGAUUGGAGACUGGCUCCGGGUUCUGUCUAAGAAGACAAAAGAAGAGGUUGGUGAAAUAAAAGCUCACGCAGCUGAGUGGAAAGCCAAUGUGACAGCUGAGUUCAGGGAGACGAGGAGACGCCUGAGUGUGGAGAUCCAUGACAAGCUUCAGCGGGCAGCCACGAUCCGGAGCAUGGAACGCAGGCGCUUGGGCCUGGAUCAGAGGGCUCACUCCCUGGACAUGCUGUCUCCUGAGAAGCGUUCAGUCUUUGCUGCACUAGAGACUGGGCGCUUCAAAGCCUCAUCUCAGGAAAGCAUCAAUAACCGACCCAACAACUUGCGCCUAAAGGGGUCAGAGCAUCUGGACAAACAUGGGCAAGGAGCAUCUGAGGACAACAUUAUCAACAAGUUUGGGUCCUCUUCCUCCAAGCUCACCAAAAGGAAAAACAAAGACCUUAAAAAGAGUGUCCCAGAGGAUGUUCAGAAAAUUUACAAGACCUUCCGGAAUUAUUCCCUGGAUGAGGAGAAAAAAGAAGAAGAUUCAGAAAAAAUGUGCAACUCAGACAACUCGAGCACAACCAUUUUGACUAACUGUAACCAACAGCACUCGGAGAUGGAGAAUGGUGUGAUACCUUCUGAGACCAAAGAAAAGGAAAAUGAAAACAAUUCAUUACUUGAAGACAGAAAUUAAAUGUAAUGUGAUGUUAGUGUUUUUUAUAUACAUAUUGAGACAUGUGCCUUAUAUGAACCUCUUUAAUUAGUCUGAAUUACAUAGCAUUGAAGAAUAUUUCACUGUGCCAUAAAUGAAUGAAAAGCUGGCUCUGCCAAAAUGAAUCAAAGUACAGCACUUCAAAAUAGUGACAGUAGAACACACACCAGGAGUUUCAACAAGUAGGUUACCAUGGUGAAAUGUUAAGGGAGAGAGUUACCAUGGCAAUACAACUGGAAGGUUACCACCCUGGCAUAAUAGUUGGGAAAAAAAAGGGCAGCUAUUUUUUAGACCAGCCUUUUGAAAGAAAAAAAAAAGGUGAGAAUUAUGUAUCUUAUCAAUGGAGUCCUGUUUCCUGAACAUCUUAAUGUUUUCUGAAUAUACAUAGUGAUAUGUAUACACAUAGGAAAAGGGGAAAUGAUUGGGGUGAACUGGUAACUUAUUAGAAAUUCAUUUUACAUUUUGGCAAGUGCUCUGAGCUUGAAUUUUUUUUUUAAAUCAUCUAAUGCAUAGUCUUUCUAAACUCCAAAAGAAUGUCCACGGAACCUGAGACCAGCUGGAUGUUGGAAGCAGAUCAGAGCAAACAUGUUAAAAGGUGCAAUUACUUUUCUCAUUAAAAAAGAAAGAAAAGAACAACAAAAAAACAUCACACUGUGGAUAUCACCUUAACCAAUGACAAAAAAAUGUACUGAAUUUCUUUUGUUUUUUCUCUGAGGGGUAGCCCAGAUAAACUGGAUAAACAUAGGCAAAAACUCAACUUCAACUACUGUAUUGUUCAAUGGCAAACCUUGUGUUUUCCUUAAUGUGUCCAGUGUCAGGAAAACUGGUUUUAAAUUCUCCCUUUUCAUGCUUUCUGGCAGAACUUUGCUUUUAAUGUGGGCAGAUAAAGGGGUUGGGGGUGGGGUGGGAAGCUAUUGCCUUGCAUGUUGUCAGCAUCCUGCUGUUGACUAUAGCUGAAUAGGACUUUUUUACAAAAACUGAUAUCAUCCAUUUCUGAUACCUAGAGAUAGAUGAGGACCAUCCAUCAUUAUCAUCUCAGGGCUCUCUGUCACUUUUUGGGUGGAGUGGGGUGGAGAUGUGAGAUCCAACCCUAAUGUCUCCAAACAAGGGGAAAACCUGUCCAUCAACCAAAUCUAAUCAAUGAAGAACAACAUGUUUUAAGUGCUUAGAGUUUAAGUGCCAUUAACACUAUUCAUUAUGUUUUUUUUCAUCCUACUAGGAAGUAUUUCUUUUUUAAAAUUUUAAGUUUGGGCUUUCAUUUGCUACUAUUUUUCCUCCCUUUCUCUCAUUAUCUCACGCUUUCUUCCCUAGAACAUGAACCUGAACUUGGUUGGUGAUGUCAAGCCAAAUGAUGAACAAAUAACCAAAAUGUGAUGUUCUUGAAUGUUCCACAAGCCCUUGGGGAUAGGGGAGGAAAACAAUGGCCCACCCAUUGUAUAGAGACAACCACUUAAAUUGAUUUUUGUUACAAAAUAAGGAAAUGCUAGUGAGUUUGAGGUCCCAGUACUGUUUGCACUUCAGUCUUUACUAUUCUCUUGUCAACUUUAUAUACUCAAAAUGAGGUAUAUUUGAUGCAUGCUCUCAAUGAUCCCCUAAUCUUCGAGAUCAAACAAGGAUACCUUGUUAAAGGUUUCCAUGAUUCGAUUCAAUUCCGUUCAUUGCCUUGGGGAUGUGUGGUCAAUUAACCCAGGAGAAUGAUUUCCCAUAGGAUUAUAUUACUGGAAGGGACCUUUAGGCAUGAUCUAGUCCAUCCCCAGGCUUUCAGACUAGGGACACUCCUACAAUAUUUCUGAUCAAUGGGUAAGAUUUUCCAGGGUGGGAAUCUUCCUGACCUUUUUCCAUACAGGCAUGGCUGUGCAGAUAGAUCACAUACAAUGGUGUUUCCUUUCUUCAAACUUAGCUCCUCUGUUCUUUAGACUCCAUUUCAUGUUUUUCCUUCACUAAUGGGGUUGAACUAUAGGAGAAGCUUCUGGGCAUUUUGGGAAUGACUACGAAUCAAGUGGCCCUAUGGACUCUAGAUAGGAUUAUGGUCCGCCCAGAUAAAUGUCUGAAUUGAGUGAAUUAGAACUUUGACUCAUAAGACACUAUCUAUAAAUGGCAACACUGUGUAGUUGUACAUAAAGUUAUGCAAGAGUAGGUAUAGUUUCUUACUAUGUGUAUCCACCCACCCUUUUAAAAUGGACUGGCAGUUGUAAUUCAUGAGUUCACAUUAAGCCCAGGGGAAGUUUCUGGAUAAAAGUUCUGAAUCAUUGUCAGUGGGUUUCACACUUGCUUAGGUUCCCAACCAAUCUAAAUUCUGGAUCCUUGGUAAUGGCCCUUUCUCCAUUUGACUGACCCACAAACUGUAGCAUCCAGGAGGCUUCUACGUUUCUCUGAAGGCAAGCUUUAGCCCUAUAGGGCUGACUGGGACACAAUUAUCCCUAUGUGCCUCUAGCUCCUGAGAUUGGUGGUAGUGACAAGGUAGAGUCUCAUAGUGAGAAAGGUACAAGAGAGAAGCACAAAGAUAACAUUUGAGGCAAAAUAUGGAAUGUGGCAAUGUUAACCCUGUGUAGAUCCAGCCUAACAGAUUUUAUCCCAAACUCCAGAAUGUAUAUUUUACCAUCUUGAAAUGUUGUAUAUAUUACCCACCUGUAUUGUUAAACUAUUAUAUGGACACACUAUCAUGCACUUUACCGUUCACCUUGCAGAAACACAACAUAUGGAAGGAACAAAAGAAUACAAAACACAAAACUGCAUUUUGCACCAAAUGAAACAUACAUUUGCUGGAGUACUAAAUAUAAGCUUUUUUUUUUAACUGCAUCCGAUUCCAAAUAACUGAAGUAAUCAAUACAGCAAUAGGAUAUAUGCAUAUAUGUGCAUACAUAUAUGCAUAUAUAUUUUCCCUCCACAUAUAAAGUAAUCCUCAGAUACAAAUGAUACUGUAAUCCUGGAAAAGAAAGAACCAAGGUAAGUCCUACAGUGUAGAUAGAUCCAAUAAGAACACAUAUAUCAAUGAACUUUGUGAAACCUAAAGCCCUUUACAAGUUUUGAAAGGUUUUCUGAGAGAUUGAAAACAAAACAAGGGGCUUAAUCUCUUUCCCUUUCACACAAGAUGACACUUUGGCAGAAGUAAUGUAACAUUUCUUUUUUGGGGAUGAGUGGGGGUGGGAUGGGUCAAGGAGGCAUUCUAUAAAGGAUGAUUUCUUUUAAAGAUCAGGCUAAAUUGUGCACAAUGACCAGUUACCAUAUGGUUGUGCCCCUUUACUAACCAAGAAAAGAGAAAUUUCUUUUAGCUAGAGACUUUGGCUAAGGACAUGAUUAGACCUGCCAGCCACAAAGUGAUCUUUGCUUCCCCUUCUAUUUGAGUGUCAGACUUCCUCAAUAUCUCUGAGUUCUGUAGAGAGCAGGUAGAAGACAAAAGUGAUUUUGCAGAACAUACGCUACCCUAUUCCUUAUCAGAUGAACUGGGUAUUCAUGGCUGUUGAAGAGAUAGUUUGGGACCAGGGCAGAAGAUGAUAUGAAUGGCCUCACUGACUAAAUAUAUUAUAUUAGAGAAAUAAAGAUCCCUGGACUUGGCAGUGAGGAGACUUAGGCUCCAGUUCUGACUCUGUCCCUUGUCAGAUUAUGUAUCCUUGGGCAAGUUACUUACUUCUCUAGCUUCUGUGUUUUCAUUUGUAAUAUAAGGAGGUUGGACUAAAAGAUUCUCCUUAAUGUCCCUUCUAGCCAUAUGAAUCUAUGAAGAAAACUUCCCUAUUCUAGUAGUAACCAAUAAACAUUUAUUAAACUCUUACUGUGUUCCAGGCUAAUGCAUGGGAUACAAAAAGAAGCAAAAGAUAGUCCCUGCCCUCUAGGAGUUCACAACCUAAUAUACUAACUAAUGAAUCAUAUUGCUCCUAUCUGGAAAUAUUCAAUGAUUCUGAUGUUUUCUAUGAUUUUAAGAAUUAAAUUUCCUACCUUUCAUGACUUGUUAUAUGGUAUAUCGAUGGAGACCACCCCUGUAUGUAGAAGGCCAGACUGGAACUAAGAAUGAUGUCCUCUCUUGGGCUCAUAACUACCUUCUCCAAAGGAGACAGUAGUCAGAUGACUUCAUGUCAUGUUGAUAUAGGUUUGCCUGGAUUUAAACUAAUUGAGACAUUUGACCUUGAGCUGAUUGGCCGCCCAAUGAAUGGAAAGUGUGGUUUAACACUACAUAAAUUUGUGUACUAUAAACACACUAAAAGCAUAGAAAUAGACACAAAAUCAAGGCCCACAGUGAACAUCAUGAAAUAUAAUCCCAUGGAGAAAGUAUUGGCAGCUAUUUCUUUAUUUGUGGCCCUCUCAAAUCCACCUUUCUUUCUUCUGAGAUGGCAUUAAUUCCUGUCUAAAUCAGUGCAACUCAUUUAUCUGUCUGUUUGGUUUCUAGUAUUAAUGAUGCUGUGGAUGGAGGCUGGAUUGCUCAACACAUCAAAUAAAAACAUAAAUAUCCUAGGCCUCUCAAUGUACUACCCAUUUCCUAACUAUAGGAUAAGGCUAUGAGCAAGAAUGAAAAAAAAAAGGUCACUUACAAAAAGCAAAACGUCGAAAAGGGUGAACUAUGUUUUUAAUACUCUUUGCACAUGGCCAUUAGCAUGUCAGUCUUUCUCACUACUAUGAUGCAACAAAUAAGAAAUGACAAAUGUUGGAGCAAUAUGAGCGAAGUUGCUCUUGGUGCAAUACUGGAGCCCAUCAGCAAAAGCCUUAAAUUGGAAAAAUGCUAAAUCUUUGACCAAAAGGUCACUUUAAUCUGACUCCUCAGAUAUUAAUUCUGCUUGUGGGAACUAGGGAAUCGCAUGCACUUAACAUGAUUGUAAAUAAAGCUGUGCACACAUUUCAUUUGGAAACAUGUACUCAGUCUUUGCACGGGAAACUAAUUGCAUUGUCCUUCACCCAAAUGGUAUAUUUCCCUUUAAAUCUUGGUCCUCCUGUGUCAGUAUGAAAGUCACAUUUCAGCAUUGUAGUCUUAGGAUAAAUAAUAGAUGCUUCUAAUUUGACUGAAAGUGAGUGUCCUUUUCACAGGUGCCUAAGAGAUUUGGAAUUUACUUUCCAUACUGGGUUCCUAAGUCAGAAAUCUCAAACAGGUCUCUGUGCAUUUUUUUGGAAAGACAUCACACUCCACCUCCAACAGUGGACCCAUGCCACAGGUGGGGUGACUGCAAAACCUCUUCUUUGCUAUAACAGCUGUGUGUCUAAAGAGAGGCAGUGCACUGGUGCCUAAAAGUGAUAUGCAAACCAAACAUACCAGCCUUCAGUCCUUUACUUAAUGAGCUUAAAUCCCAGAGCCACAUGAAAGAUUAUCAAAUGAUGGUGAUGAUGUUCAAGCCGUAUGUGGAAAUGUUUUACAUAUUUGUUUAUUUUUUCUCUCUGUAGGAUUUCAUGGUGCUUUAAAAAGGCAUUUACAGAAAAGGGAGGAUUUCGUAAUGUUAUUAGGAAGAUUAUAAAGCAAAAUUGCUUGUAAUAUUUCAAUAAGCUGUGCUGCUAUUGUCUUUAUCUGAUGAUGUAAUUUUUUUCAAUGAUGGAAAAAAUAUUGCAACAAAGACUUUCUGCCUUCUCUGUUGUCCUUUCUCCCCAUAAUGCCUAGUGUCCUUCAGUAGCUGGGGUUGGGAGCUUUUCUGCUUAUAUGAAGUCAGAAAUAGAUGAAGCUUUUAUUAAGUGUUUACUAUGUUCUAUGCACUGUGCUAAUAGAAAGUAACAUAAUCAAAAUGCUUUGGUUACUGGGCUUUAACACUUUAUCGUUUACACCAAUUUUCUCAUUUCUCUCAAUCGAAUAAUAUCUUUUCCACUUAGUGAGAAACAACAGCAAAUCACUUCAUGAACGCUUAUGGGAGUGAUUACCAUGGUCAAUGGGGAGACGUUGGAUCUUCUGAUUCAGUUCAUUUCCACAAACUUAAGCACCUACAAUGUGUAAGGUAUUGUUCUAGACCUGAUAUCUCAAAAAGCAAUAAUAAAUCAAUCUCUGUCUUCAAGAAGGUUACAUUCUACUAGAGAGAUACA